UUUUUAAUAUUUUGGACGGAUCAGAGUGUAGCCUGAGUGUGAGUGAAUGCCGUCAAGGCUUUUCCAUUUUACGUGAGUAUGACUUUUCUCCCUCAGUGUCGACUGUGGAUUUAGCCAAACGGCUUGCUUGACUCCAACCACCAGCAGGACGCAACGUUUUGAAAAGUUCAGAUAGAAAUAGGCUAUGUAGAACAAACGUGCCCCUGACGUGUAGAAUAAGGAAUAGCAUCAGCUCUAAAUCAUGGUAUUUCUAUCUGCGACGUUCAACAACGUUUGAUUGCAGAACCGUGGCCCAGGAUUAGUCAUGGCCUCCGUGUCGAAGUCCAUUACCAUAGGGAAUGGAACCAUCUCUAGAUCACAGCCUAUUGGCCUCAAUUGAUCUGCUGGUGUAUUCCUUGGGGGCAUACAGCGGGUUGGCUACACUUUCUGGAUUACAAGCUAGUUACCUUGGAGGUUAUCACCCUGAUCUUUUUAAAAGUGCUUCUGGGCGGUGGGCUGCUGCUAAACCAAUAUAGAGGACAUCAUAGAAACUAUGGGGGAAACACUAUUAUAUGACAAUGUGAAUUACUUUAGUAGACUACAGUUUCCCUUAUACAACUUCUAGCAUGCAACAAAUUGGUUGCUUGACUUUGUUUUUCCCCCUGCAUUUCAUUGGCUGUUGCAUUUUAAUUUUAAUCGUAUUCUGUGAUUUGGACCUCGCUGACCACAUGUUACAAGUGGGCUACAGUACAGUGGAUUCUCGUCUCAAACUUAGCAGACAGGCAGCAAACAUAUAUUUUUUUGGAAGGCCUCCACAACAAACAGUGUAGCUAGCAAGUACUGUGUGACUGGCUGCCAGCCAACGCUCCAAAUAAGCACGCACAUAUGUUACGUGGCAGUAUCUGAGAGUUCAACCGUCUAAGCAUGCACAUUCCAUCCCCAUGUUUGCUUUGAGACCUGGCCAAUGUGUCCUGUCUUCUGUACCACAGACGGGACCUGUUCUAUCAGAUUCUCAUCUUCCUCAUUUUCAUUUAUACAAAAACACAAUGACAGGCAUGAUCUAAUUGUCAGACAUUCCUCAAUGAGAUUGAAAUGUAUGUUUUCACUGUAAUGCCUAUACGUACCAUGCUCUAUACCAGGGAUCAUUGACUGGAUUUAGCCGCUGGCCUAUUUUGUUUGUAUUUUCUUGAGCAGAUGGUCGGGACGGGGGUCGGAACAUAACUACAAAUCAUUUGUAGCCUGCAAAUUGACCGCAAGAAGCCUGACUAAAACAUAAUAAUUUCAAACCUUGCUUACAUUUGUAUACGAUCAUGUGUCUCUUAUGCAUGAUAAUACUUCACUGGUGUUUUAGUCUAAUGUCCAACAAUUUAAAAUAAGUUUUGCUCACAAAACAUUGUGUGGGGUGGGGGCAAAUGAAACUCAAACUUUUAUACAACACCUUAUUGCUAUCUGAUAUAGCCUAGGCCUAAUGGUUUUUGAAAGCGCUGUGUGCCUGUGGUAUAAUUGGCAGUUCAUACAAUAGUGAGAGGCAUAUUGGCAAUUAGUGGUACAAGCCCUGAAUUCUGAUUUGGCUGAAAGCCAUGGUAUAUGGCCUUAUUGCUUAAUUCGUGACCGCUCAUGUAUGUCAUGUAGCUAAGGAUGUAUGUCCUAAAGGAACCAGUGCAGGUCUAUAAUAGACCAUGGCAUAUAGACAAUGCUGGUAUGCCAUGUCUGUCACCAAUGGUUAAUUUGAUACCGGUUUUCUAAACGGGACUCGCUUGGCAGGAUUUAGAGUUGCGUGUGUGUCUAGUGUGGGCGGACAUCGUAGAAAUAUUAUUAAAUGCGUUUCAAGGAAAUUACAUAUUGUAAUGGGGGGGGUGAUGACAGAGUAAACUCAUCAGAACAACUCUUGGAAGUUUUUUGCUCAACAAACUACACGCACCGUUCUCAUGAAAAGCAAGAGCAGCAGCAUGAAUGAUACAAAUGUAUCUGGCUCUACUGCAGCAGUAGUGUUUGGAUCUGUACAAUUCAGUUAAAAUUACACAUACCCGUGACAAUCAGAUCCGACACAGAUCCGUGACAUUAUUUAGAAUUCUUGAUUUGGACCUGCUCGGGUCCGGAUGGGGUCUCGGGUAUUCGGGUACAGGGGGAUCCGUGAAGACCUCUCACACACCUCCCUGGGUUUCUCAGACUUUCCCUGAACUAGAUGUCUUCAAGAUCCACAGGCCAGCCUAUAUAAAAAGGAUCCGUAGUUCAUUCAUUUUCACUCUGAGCUAGUGGAACUUUUUUUAGAUGACGAAGGGAUUUUUUUGUUUUUACAUGUCCCCACCUGUGCAUUGCGCCACUAAGGAGGCGUGGGCCCUUAGGCUUACGUCACCCACUACGAAGUGUCACACCAUUUCAACACAAAGCCACAUCCUUCAGGUAAUAGAACUGCUUUCACUUGAAGGAUAUGGCCAGACUGAACUGGUUCAGAAGUCACUCAGAAAAAAACCAUUCCAUUGCAGCAGUGUUGGAAAGAAAAGAGGACCUUCAAGUUUUCUUCACUUGUUUUGACUGACAGCACAUUAUGGAUUGAAGUGUGCUUUUAUUCAGAUAAGGUCUUGCUAUGAAUAGGUAUAUGAGUUUUCGUUCGUCUGGGAGACUGCGUCUGAACGGCUACCAGGUGGAGAGCGGAGGAUUGUCUGUGAAGGAGAGUAAGACGCUGGAGAAGACCAGGAAACCCCUCAGUCUGGAGGAGACCCAACUGGAGCUGCUGCUGCAGCAGAGCAGAACUUUCACCAGACAAGCCCCUGUCAGGUCUCGGACGUUCGAUGUGGACAGAAGUUUGGAGAGGACUUUAAGCAUCGGUUCACAAAGUAGUUUUAUAAAGCACAACAAAACAUUCCACAAGCUGUUUCCUGACAUUCCAGAGACUGAAGACUUGCUACAUGCGUACAUCUGUGCCCUGCAGAAAGAGGUGCUCUACCACGGCAGGCUCUAUGUCACCAAGCAUCACGCGUGCUUCCACUCCUCAGUGUUGCUCAAGGACACCAAGUUAGUGAUCCCUGUGACCAGCGUGCAAAUUGUGAAGAAGCAGAACACUGCCCUGCUGGUGCCCAAUGCCCUGUCUAUCCGCACCACCGAGGGAGAAAAGUACCUGUUUGUGUCUUUGCGGAACCGAGAGGCGUGUUACAAGCUCCUGCGGUCCGUGUGUCCUCAACUGAAUGAUGGAAGUGCCAACAGCAGCCCUCUAUUCUCUUCUGCAGAGAAUAGUUUUGAUCAGGACAAGCUGGUGAACUCCAGUCAGUCCAGUCUAGACGACAGUUUUGACCAGCCGGACGGGUCAGACCCGAAGCUCUUCCUCGACUCACCCCCACCAAGACCAAACAAAGACCUAGUGCCUCAAGGGAGCAACUCCACCCCGAGGAGCAUAAACACACAGCAGAGAGACAGCUCCUCAGAGGACCUCUCAGCUAACCACCCACAAUGUGGCUCAUGGGUGUGGAGUGUGACACGGGACGCCUGCUCCCUUCUCAUCCAGAGAGACGCCAGCAGCCUCAACACUCUCCUCUUCAUCUACCUAAUACUGGUGGUACUGCUGCUGCUAUCGUCGGGAUACAUCGGCCUCCGCAUCGUGGCUCUGGAGGAACAGCUGACCUCUCUAGGUGCCCUCCCUGAAUUCUCCUCACAGAGUAUAAGGACACAUAACCCUGAUUGGCCGGAGGAGAUGUUGGAUGACUCAUGAGUGGAGGAUGUGACAAUAUGGCGCCAGUUGAAGAUCUAACAAUGAAAAAAGAGAACUGGAGCUCUCGUGUUGAAGAUAUACUGUCCUCUUCCUAGAAGAACUUGAAGGAAGAACUAGGAGAUAUUUUGAUGGUGUUCUAGUGAUGGCCCGUCACCUCCCUGUAUGAUUUCAGAGACCGAUGGGUAUCUCAAAGGGCUAUAUUUAAGAGAGCUAGACCCAGGCCAGCCACGACUCGCAGCAAGCAGAGCCAAGCCAACAUAGGACACACACAAAUUAUCUGCUGUGUGCCUGACUUGAAACCAAAGCCAACUGGCUCAAACUGAGCACCAACUGAAGAGGGGAGGCGAUAGUCAACUCAAUCUGCUCUCGGAUCAGAUUGACAAGAAGCGAUUACUCAGAGAACUCUGGAAUGUGUGCUCGUUUCCAUCCUAUGUAUUCUCUUCAAGAGCAUGUGGUCUGUGCAGACGACCUGAUUCCAGCCUAGUCCUGGGUUUGCUUUUUUAACACUAAGGUACAAGUGCUAUGCAAGGCCAAAGAUGCAGAGUGCACAGAGAGGACUUUUGACUCUUAUCUUCUACUAUGGUAUCACUUCAUCAGGGUGUUACAAGUCGAUCUGUAUUUAAUCUUUCACUACUAAGUCAUAUGCGGGUAGUCUUGAAGGAUUCUUCUGGUAAUCGGCCAUAAUGAUAACAAUAAAUAUCUUCUCUUACACGGAUCAGCUAGCCGAGCAACCAUUUUGAUUUCCUCUCCUGACAGUCUCUUCCUCUCCUCUCUUUAAGAUCAGCAGUAUUAAUCCUGCCAUUGGCAUGAUUUAAACCUGUUUUAAUGAUCAAUGCUUUGGAGGCCACUCCCUUGAUUCUCACUGGAUGUAUGCAUCUUCAACGUGCCAAAAAGAGUACGAUCAGGUUGAAUGUCGUCUCUUUUGUAGAGGUUCCAUUUUCUACUACUUUGAUCAUCAAAGUAGUUUUGGAUAUUCCAAACCAAUACUAUUGUCUUAUUCAGAUUUUAAUAUAUCUGUCGAUGACUUCUGUACUGUUUUAGAAGGAACUGACCUGUGAAAAGCAAAGAAUCAAAUCUAGUCGUUGACAGGCCUGUUGAGAACAAACACUUGUUCCUGCUGGUUCAGACGUUUCAGGACUGUUCAAGUAGCAACAUACUGUAUGUUAUUGCAUGUGUCUGGAACAUCGGAUACUUGACUGAUAUAUUAUGCACACUCAUUUGAGUCACCUUUUUUGAGAGGACAACCAUAAAAGUGUAACUAUCAAGUGACGUUGUUAGUGAGGUCCUAAUUUUAAACAAAGCAAAACAUAGGUGGUCCAGAAAACGUAUUUCAAUAUGCAAUAAAGAUUAUCCAUGGGGGGAUUAGCAACCUGUAGGGUUUUUUUUUUUUAAAUGGAGUCUGUUGUGAGAAUUGUUUGUUUAAAAAAAAAAGGCCAAAAUAAUGUCUCUGGUGAGCAAGCGAGGGCACUUUAAAAGUUGCUGAACCUGCCCAAAUCCAAAGACAUAACAUUUGACUGAGGUGGCGUUUUCAUUCUUUAGUUUAGUAAUUUGAUGGUGCUAAGACCUUAUGUUCUUCUCAGGGGUGCAACCUGCCGGUUUCAGGGUCACGGCACCACUCAGGGUUGGGGUUGUCACACACAUUGAGUUUGUCCUUGUCCACCACAGAGAUAAUGCUCAAUCCACUCUUCAUUGAGAAUCCCAUUGUACCGUUGCAAUAUAUCAGUCUGUGAUUUUUGUUUUAACUUGUUUUUUUCCCUCUUGUUUUUCAACCGACAACUUGAAACAUAUCGACAAUCUAACAUCUGUCUGACUAGCUCAAUACUGGGUACUCUGUGUUGACGGGACAUGAAGAGCGUUGAAGUGACGUCUGUUAUAUCCUGUUACGGUUGGGUAGUUGUCAGAUGUUGGGCUAAAAGAUGUAUGCCUACAUGACAUAAAGUAGUACUGUCAGUCGCCUUCCUUCCCCACCAGUAGACAGCACAUGUAGUAUGUCUUCAAAUGGUCACAAUGCAAGAAUCUCAAUGAAGAUCCCAGUGUGGUUUUGCAUUAUUGAAGUGUUGUAAAUAAUUGUCCUUUUAUUCUAUUUGAUUACUGUAUUUAUUUGCAUUCUAUGUAAAUCAAAGUCUCUGUGAGAUUUUGCUUUGGUGUUGUUCAAAAAUAAAUCAACUGUUGCAAGAA